AAUUUAAAAAAAAUAUAUAUUACACGCCUCAGUUGGGAAGAAAAAUGUUAAGAAUAACCCAGUUUGUUGUGUUGGCUUUGGCCUUUUGUCAUUGUGGUCAGGUGUUGGCCAUAGAAGGAGGCGAACCAGCUGCUGAAGGGGAAUUUCCUUAUAUGGUAUCUAUUAGAGACUCGUCUAAUAAGCAUAUUUGUGGAGGUACAAUUAUUGGAGACGUUUGGAUUUUAACAUCUAGUAUUUGCUACAGCAGAAGCUGGUUUGGAUAUGUCAGAUAUGGAUCAAAUCUAUUGGACGAUGACGGUCAAUUGCCUGUGAAUACCAGUUUAAACAUUGCAAAAGUAAAUGAGUCGAUAUAUAACAAAUGGGCUACUGAUAUUCCACCAUAUACACACGAUUUGAACUUACUUCGUCUCGAGGAACCUAUACAAUUCAGUGAAACGGUCCAACCUGUCCAACUGCCAGUUUUGGACGAAGAAUGGCCAUACAAUCAAACAGCCACCAUCUUAGGUUGGGGCCAACCUCAUUAUUGGAGGAGCCAGGUGCAUCUUCAAAAGGCUAACGUUCCAUUAUUCACGGACCAGUAUUGUCAUGACUUCGAAUAUGAAAACUGGAAAAUUCCUGAUGUUUUUGUUAUGAAAUGUGGUGGUGCAGUGAAUGAAUCAUAUCAUUGUUUUAACGACUAUGGAGGUCCAGUUAUCUAUAAUGGAAUACAGUAUGGCCAAAGAGAGUAUGGCAUACAGUCCUACGUCUACGCUCGUGCUGAUGCAGACUACUUGUGUGGAGCGUUUCCAAGCAUUUAUUCACCAGUUUCCUACUUUAGAGAGUGGAUCAAAAACACAACUGGCAUUUAAAAUAUCUUAAAUAGAACAUAUUUAAAUAAAUAAAUUGCAUUAAUUUAU